GAUGUUUGGAAAACUCCAAAACACGAUUCUGUUUUUCCGGGUUUUUAGAAACAUGACCGCGACAUAUUUCUCCACAAAAAUUGAUUCAUACGUAAAGUGUUUGUGGGACAAGAUGGGAGUUGAUUUCAGAACUUAGGCACCCCUUUGAGAAAAUCAAAAGCGCAAGCGGUUCUUCAGUACAAAUGUAAAAAUGGGUUCAUUUUGUGCUCAUUCCGAAUUUAAUUUCGACAAAAACAUCGGAUCAAGUAGGUGGAACGAGACGCCGACGACCCGAAAGUUUCUACUUCAAUUCCAAUUUUUAUUCUCUUACGCUUCCCGUUCGUACCGUUGCUCAGCUUACUCGUCUUCCCAACGUCAAUUUCACCAUCAUCUUGAAAGGGAUCCGGCCGGAAGGGGUAUUUUUAGUUGAAUUGUUUAGAUAUCCAAUUUGAUUAUUGUAUCUUAGAAACUUUUCGUCAGCUUCCUUGGUAUACAUAUGGUAGUGGGAUUAAUUCCUUCCUGCCUUAGCUUGUCUCAACAAUAUGGUCAUGCAAACCAUCUUUCCAAACAAAUCUCUCAUCUGAAAGACAGAAGAUGCAUGAAAAGGGGUUGCAGUAGAAGACCUCAACUAUUACCUUCUGCCUGUGAAGAUUCAGUUGGCACACGUGUUUUUGUACUCUCCGACUUGCAUACAGACUAUGCAGAGAACAUGACAUGGGUGAAAUGCUUAUCAACUGUAAGACAUAAGAAAGAUAUUCUCCUUGUUGCUGGUGAUGUGGCUGAGACAUACAAGGACUUCGUUUUGACUAUGUCCCUUUUGAAGGACAGAUUUGAAUAUGUCUUUUAUGUACCUGGAAAUCAUGAUCUUUGGUGCCGUCGAGAGGGAAAAGAUUAUGUUGAUUCUCUUGAAAAGUUGGAUAAAUUGCUUGAUGCAUGUAGAGGGCUUGGGGUAGAAACCAAACCUAUGAUUAUUGAUGAUUUGGGAAUCAUUCCUUUGUUUUCUUGGUAUCAUGAGAGCUUUGACAGAGAGAGGGACAUAACUGGUAUUCACAUUCCUUCUUUGGAGAUGGCUUGUAAAGAUUUUCAUGCAUGCAAAUGGCCUGGGGAACUUUCAAAUAGGGAUACUUCCCUAGCUUUGUACUUUGACAAGAUGAAUGAAAAGCAUCAAGAUUCUGUUAAAGAUAUGCAGAGGAUAUGUACCCAAAUGAUUACUCUCUCUCACUUUGUUCCUAGGCAAGAGCUAUGUCCGGAGAAGAGGAUGCUAUUCUAUCCUAAUCUCCCAAAGAUCAUUGGUUCUGAUUAUCUUGAAGCUCGCAUAAGGUCUAUACAUGGUGUUGAUGGAAGUGUGUCUGUGUGUCAUGUGUUUGGACAUACUCAUUUCUGUUGGGAUGCUGUUCUUGAUGGUAUCAGGUAUGUACAGGCACCAUUGGCUUACCCAAGAGAGAGGAAGAGAAGAAUGAAUGGAGGAGAAGCAUGGCUACCAUUUUGCAUCUAUUCUGACGGGCAAUUUGCUGACAGGCUUUCACCUUGUUACUGGUCUGACUAUUAUGCUGCCAACCCGAGGUCACCACAUAUCAUUCAACUGGCCCCUUGGGUUGCAAGAUUUUACAAGCAAUGAUGAGGUGAAUGCUAUUUAUUCCUUCAGUUCAUUUUUAUAUUCUAUAAAUCAGAGGAGUGUAUAUUUAUUUUAAUUAUUUAUCUGGAAAAACAUUACAAGACGAAAAAUACGUUCCACUCAAUUGGAGAGUGCAGCUGUUGAAAUAUUUGUGCACCAGAGCAAAGAAAAUAAAAAAACUAUUUGCGUUUUCCAAA